CUUGAAUGGAAAUAGCACAGAAAUUUGCUUUAAAAGUGCAAGUUGGAGAUAAAAUUAAGAGGCUAGUUUCUAAAGAAUAUACCUCGCUAUUAGAUCUAAAAUUGACUAUUGAGAAAAGCUUUCCAGAACUGAAAGGAAACAACUUUGAGAUGUCAUAUUUAGACUCAUUAAAUGAAGGGGAAGUAACCACAUACCUAUGUGAAGAUUCUGAUCUAAAAAAUCUUAUCUUCCAAUCUCAAGCUUUUCCUGACAAAACAAUAAAGAUUUUGGUUGAGAAAGAGCUUCUACUGUAUACUUUUAGUCAGGAUGCUCCUUAUUUCAAUGUAUUUGAUGACAAGAAGCAAACCAAAGCAAAGGAAAGAUACGAAGAAGUUGAAGAUCUAUUUAGCUCAGGAUCAAAAGUUGAUAUUCUGAACAUGCACAAAGAAUUGAUUCCUGAAGAAGAAUCUGAGCACUCUAGCUUCAACCAAAAGAGACCUGAGAUAGAAACUACCUCUGAGUCAGAAGUCUGUCUUACUCCUUCUGAGCAAGAGGUAGCUUUAGAACCCAGCCAGUCCUUCCUGAAGCAGGUACUUCAGAAAAGACUGAUGCAAUUACAGGCUGAUUUAUCUCAAGUUGUUCUUGAAAAUUUCUGAGGUGACCAAGCUGAAGAACCUCUUGAGAGUCUUCAUAAAUCAUGAAGAAACAAGAAGAGUUCUACUCUUUUAGAAAUGAUCAUCAGGGAAAUCGAAAAUGAUGAGAAACCAGACUACGAGUUUGGAUACCUGAUGCAGAAGAUGGAGGCUGACGAAGAGGAAAUAUUAGAAGAUAACAAGAAAAAUGAAAACGAACUAUCAAAAAAGUAGCAAUGAAGAAGAAAACAAUGAAAUUGAAAUUUCUGAAAGGAUCUCAAAGGAAUUUAUGCAUCUGGCUCAUUCUAAUCUGUUUGAAAUCCCAGAGAAAAACAAAGGAGAGGCAAAGAUAUUUUUGGGAAGAGAGAAACAGCUUAAUAAAAGAUAUUCUAGUCGAAAUGUCAAAGGACAAGUUCGUCUUGAGCAGCACAAUUCUGAAAACUCCGAAGAGAGUACUGAUCAACCAUUAUCCUCAGACUUCAAAAUUCUUCUAGUAAAAGGAGGAUUAAUCAGAGAUUGCGAUAAAAACUGCUUUCUUGUUUUUACAAUGUUAAAUCGAUCAUCAAGAGACAUAACUCUCAACUCAGCCAUUGUUAUAGACAAAAGCUUUGCUCUGGAAAUCGAGGAUUGUAAACUUGAUACUAAGGUUCAAGGGAAUGAUGGUGUGGCAACAGUCUCGAUUCCCAUGAAAACUCCACCACUAAGUGGAACCUAUGCAGUAUACCUUGCAUUGUUUUGAGAGGAGGUCGGGAUGAUCAGAGAUCAAGAAGAGUUCUUAAUUCUGUGCAAAUAAAAUCUUCU